AUGGCGCUUUGGCAGAGAGGAGCGCCGGCACGGCGCGCGCCGGUUGCGCUGUUGCCGCUGCUGCUUCUGCUCGGUGCUGCCCUACCGGUAGCCCUGGAGGCCAAGGUGACGUACACCCACGUAUAUCGUGAUGACCGGUCGCUGAUCCAGAUCGCCCCAAACUUUGCAUUUGCGGAUAGCGGCCGCCUCGACAUCGUGAUUACAGACAUCUCCUUAUGGCAACGCCACGAGCAGGACCGUGACGUGGUGUACGACAACCUUGGGGUCUUCCUGGCACCGGUGGAGGAGGCUGGGGCCGAUGAGGGUUUGUCUGCACAGCUGGCGACUGGCAACUGCCUACUGAGCGACAGGGAGGCGAAACUGUUCACGUUUGCCAAGCCCCAGUAUGCCCUGUACUUUGCAAACUGCGAUGGUGCCGCGGUGUCGUUCAGGGCCGUAGUGUCCAUGUACAAUUUGCGGCCCGAUGGCAGCAGGGACUACUUGGCGGUGGGCGAAACAGAGCUUGGCGCAGUCUACUGGACCAUGUUUGGGCUGUUCCUGGCCCUGACCGCGGCCUGGACCGCUGUGCUGGUGUUGCGGCGCGAGUGCGCCCACCGCAUCCACCUCCUGAUGGGGGCCCUGGUGCUGUUCAAGACGCUCACCCUCAUGGCGCAGGCCCUGAUGACGCUGCACGUGGAGCGCACCGGCCUGGCUGACGGCUGGAAUUACGCGUACUAUGUUUUCACCACUGCCAGGGGGCUGCUGUUCUUCAGCGUGGUGGUGCUCAUCGGAGCGGGCUGGAGCUACAUGAAGCCUUUCAUGGACGACCGGACACGAACCACCCUGCUGGUGGUAGUACCGCUGCAGGUGCUGGCCAACAUUGCCCUGGUGUACCUGGACGAGGAGAGCCCAGCCAUGAGGGACUGGAUCGCAUGGAGGGAUGUAUUUCACCUGGUGGACAUUGCCUGCUGCGCCGCGAUCCUCUUCCCAAUUCUGUGGCAGAUGAAGCACUUGCGUGAGGCGGCCACGGUGGACGGCAAGGCGGCACGCAGCCUGGCCAAGCUGAGGCUAUUCCGCACUUUCUACGUCACAGUGGUGGCAUACAUCUACUUCACGCGCAUAGUGGUGUAUUUGUUGAAGAACUUCGUGGAGUACAGGUAUUCGUGGACGACCGAGGCCGUAAAUGAGGUGGCCGCGCUGGCGUUCUACACCUGGGUGGGGGCCAGCUUCCGCCCCGCCAAGGAGAAUCGGUACCUGCAGCUGUCACAGGAGGACAUAGAGCUCGCCACUGCUUACUAG